AUGGGAAAAGAACCGGCUGGUGUAGUAGCAGGAGCUGCCACCGUUUCAUCGAAAAAAAGGAGGCGUGAAGUAAGGGCGAAAAAAAGAAGGCGUGAACUAAGGGGAAUCACUCUGAUGAGGAAAUUAGAAGAAACAUGUUCAGAAUUGGCAAUUAGAACUGGUGAUCAAGCAGUAUUACUAUCAACUACGCCUGGAAGUCCAAAUAUUAGGCAUAAGGUCUUUGGAACCAAAAGUCUAGAAGACGUAAUUAAGAAUGUGAUAAGUAGUGGUAUCAUACAGGACGAACUGAAGACUGCUGUUUUAACAGAACCGUCAACUAUUCAAGAAGAUCAAACUACGCCUGGAAGUCCAAAUAUUAGGUAUAAGGUCAUUGGGACCAAACAUCUAAAAGGCGUAGUUAAGAAUGUGAUAAAUAGUGGUAUCAUACAGGGCGAACUGAAGACUGCUGUUUUAAGAGAAGCCUCAUCUAUUCAAGAAGAUCCUGCACAACAGGUAAUGUAUAUUUCGUUAAUAAUUGAGCAUAUCAUAUAA